GCUUCCGGAGAAGGAGCGGAACUUGGAAGCCGGCGUUGAGUUUCUUUCUCCUGUUUCAUCCAAGCCCACGAAUAACCCAACAAUGGCUUUGAGAGAGAGGGAUCCUACUGACAACUGGACUGUAGGUGAUGAUAUUUCUAGCAGAGAUACUGGAACUUUGAAAUCCAAGCAGGCACCCUUAUGCACUGAAAUGGCUGUGGGACUAGUAGAUUCAGAAUCUGUUAACAGCCAUGCCAGUUUGAGGAAAAGCAAAAGCGCUGAUUCUGCGACAGAUGGCCUUGGGAAUGGUGUACAAAAUCCUACAGAUCAAGACAAAGUUUUCAAGGUCAGCUGUGCUGAAGAGCAACUUGGACAGUCUCCCCAAAGAGAAGAUGAUGAUGUGCCUUGCCAGCAUUCAGGAUCCAACACCCAUUUGGUUCCUCUUUAUGAAGCAAUCUUAAAUCCUAAGAAACGGAAGCUAGUUCUGCACAUUGACUUGAACAACACUAUCCUAGUCUCUGAUGCUGUUACCAAUCAGGAUCCUAGAGCUGCUUUGAACUGUUACCUGACUACUGUGACUUGGGGAAAGGUUGGUCCUUCAGGCAAGUGGCAGUGGCUCAGUGAGUCCCCUUCGUUGCUUCCUCCCUGCAAGGGUGCUGUAAGUUUUUACUCUCAGUAUGGGCGAAACACCAAAUUCACUGACACAGACAAAGGGCAGCAGUUCCGAGACGUUCACCAGCACCACUUGAAGCUGCUGGAAUGGCAGGGCCCAGCUCACCCACUGCUCUCUAUCCAAGGUGAACAAGGCAGGCACUACCACUUUGUGCUGCCUUCCUUCUUCUAUCUCCUGGAGAGUCUGCACCAAGAAGGGAGGCAGUUUGCUGUCAUCUUCCGCACCUUUGGCACAGACCUGCCUCGUGUCCUGCGCGUGGUGCGCUGUGCCCUGGAGGGGCAGCACCCCCACUUCCCUUCUCUGCCAGAUAUCUCGUUGCCUGUAGACCUCAGUCCCGGAAUCAUACGCUGCAGCAAGCGGAAGGUAGUGUUGACUCACGGAGCAGAACGGCUAUCCACUGAAGAUGGUGGCAGAAAAAUGUAUGCCUAUUUCAGCUCCAGGGAAGGCCUCUGUGGCUUCCAGGACCACUUUGAUUGGUGGGCCAAGAAUCAGUUCUCUAGCAAGGGUGGGAAGCCCCUUUGGAUUGAUCCUCAUGAUGCAAACACCCACCACAUCUUUUUUGAUGACAACAUUCGGCUGAAUGAUUCUGACACAAUUGUUCAUCCUCAGGUGCUCUCAGGGCAAAUAAGCUGCAGUCCGCAGACCACUCCCACCUCAGAGCUCUAUGAUGUUUGCCUGGUUCAAACAGACCUUCUGGAGGCCAUUUCUGAUGUGAACUAUUUCUGCCGCUGCAUCAGACGCUGUGAGGAGAAUUAUGAAAACUACUUGGCUGGGGCUGGGGAUUGCAUCUAGUGGAACUGAGGCAAGGUCUCUCCAGAGGAGUCUUGGUGGCCUGUUUGUUUUCCUUAUGUUUGGUGUGGUGUUUAUGCAACAAGAGGGGAGUUGACCCUUCCGGGCUUCUUAGGUGAUGGAAUUCCCCACUGGACUAUUUCCUGUAGACUUCCUAGUUGGAGUUGCUGUCUUUGCUUUAAACUCCCAGCCAGCACUCAGUGCAGGCUAUUCCGGGUAUUCCUUUAAAAGCCUAAUCAGUCUUAUGUUCUCUGGUGCUGUCUUAAUAAUUUCCUUUUACUGAAUAUUUAUUCAGAGCCGGGACAUGGGAGAGCAGCCCAUGGAGACUUCCUUGCCACAGAGAUGGGCAAUCAUAGAAUCAUGAAGUUGGAAGAAGCCACAAAGGUCAUCCAGUCCAAACUCCAAGGAGUUUGCAACUACCCCAAAGUUCUCCUGCAUUGUACUUACUUGUACUUGCUUGCGGUGCAGAGGAAACUGUGUUAGGCAGCCAUUUUUCUUAGCAGUACAAUGGACUCCAUUCAGUGAACAUGUUUGUUUACUGACUAUGAUGGAUGCCGCUGAUGCCAACAUAUGGCAUUAAGGAUGCCCUGUGCUUAGCAUACCCUUGUAAGAGAUGUUUGAGGAAUUAAGGCCUAUCUUUGGUACAGCCAAGCAGGUCUGAAUAAGGGCCAGUGGUUCAUGAACUGAUCCAGUUUAAGGAAUUGUCGAUCUGUUUCUAGCCAUCGGCAAGUGUAUUGCAAGGUUGCCUUGGAGUCUACUGGCUUCCAGAACCAGUCGGUAUCCUUGCUUCAAAAUACACUGCAGAAAUAAUCCAGAUUGAGACCACUUUAAAUGUCCUGGCUCAAUGCUAGGGAAUUCUGGGAAUUGUAGUUUUGUGAGACAUUUAGCCUUCUUUGUCAGAGCGCUCUGGUGUCACAAUAAACUACAUUUCCCAGGAUCCCCUAGCACUGAGCCAGGGCAGUUAAAGUGGUCUCAGACUGGAGUAUUUCUGUGGUGUGUUUUGGACCCUUGUCAACUUGUGUACAUAAAGGACUCUACUUCCUUUUGCCAGAAGGAAGUGACUUCAGGCAGCUGUGAUUACCUAAGGCAGUCUUCUCUUUCUACAAGUCCCAUCAUAGUCAGGCUGGUUGGAGAUGAUGAACAUUGUACUAAUUACACCUUGAGACUUGGCUAAAGUUCUGUUUGCCAACCACCUGCAACUCUGCUGUCCAAAAGAAGGCCUUGCCUUUCUCCCAAGCUUCUUUCCUUCCCCCCCUACCCCCACUUGAAGCACAACUAGAACUAAUCAAAGGCUGCUGUUUCUUGUUGUGGAGAGUACUGUCACUCACAGUGUGCCUCCCACCCAGCAUGAGGUUCCUUCCACUAUUGUGGCUGAUGUGAAGCCACAGUUCUGUCUGCUGCUUGAGAGAAUAGCUUCACCUCCCCCAGCAGCAGGGGGCUGAGCCUGACUCCUGUACCAGAAGGUGAGCAAAAACCAGAACAUAGGUCAGUGUCUGCAAGCCAUUGUCUCUCAUCACUUCCUUGCCUUUAAAGUUGUGCUUUCCCUUUAGGGAGCUACUGGCAAAAUGUGGACAAAAUGGGAAGGAGGACUGUGAACCACAGUGUAAUUCUAAAAUAAAUGUGGCUGUGGUGCAAAGAACAUUAACACCAUGUUUGCUCAAAAGAUGCCCUUUUACUGCACAGGGUUGUAUCUGUGUCAGUAGCAUGGAAAAAUAAAGCUAUGGCUUUGCAUGAAUUAAUCUAUAUCACCAGUGCAAACAGAUUACUUUUUAUUAUGUAAAUGCAAUAACCUGCCCCAUCCGUUUAGUUAGGAAGAUUAUUUGAAUUUUUUUUUUUGGGGGGGGGGAGAAUAUCUCAGGUGUUAGAUAUGCAACUAAAGCUCUGGUGGGAAUCAUGUGACUCCCCAGAUAUUUGAGAGCUCCCGUUUUGCAGCCUGCCACGCAAGACACACAGAUUUGGGAGAGAUUCCAAGGGCCAUGCAGGCCAUGCAGAAAUACACAGUCAAAGCACUCCCAACAGGGUUGGACUGCAGGUGCCAAGAUUCUUUAGCAGUGGUUAUGCUGGAUAAGAGUACUGGGACUUGCAUUUCAAGAACAUCUAGAGGGGAACAUAGUGCCCUCCUUAAACUUAAAGUAACCCUGCAAGCAUUAAAUGCCAGCCACAUGCAUUUACCUCUGGAAACAGUAUUGAUUAAGGAUAUUAAAGGAAGAGAGAUUGAUCAGUGGCUGAUACCUGUAACAGAAAAAGGGAGCCUCCAUGUUCAAAGAUGGUAGAUAGAGGCUAAAUUUUACAAGAGUCCUCUUGCUUGUUGUAUCACCACCAAUCCAUUUUGUGAUGGCAUAGUGCAUGUCAGUUGAGUGUCAAGCUGGCAGGAUGGCAAUGUUUUUCCAUGACCUACACUAUAGAGGUAACAUUUGAAAUGCAGGAACCCAUUGUGGGAGCCUCGGUAGUCAUAUCCCCCUGGGCAGUGUUAAAAAUGCAGCUAGCUGUGUUUAUCAUUGUGGCCUAAGACAUUUUGCUGCCUGAGCCAGAGAAGGAAAUGGCAAGCAUGUGUGUGCAUGCAUACACCUUCAAAGUUUACAGUGCCCCAAAUUAUCCAAACUAUUUUGGCUCAUGAGCCAGAAAAUCCCACAAGGAGUUUUCCCUCUGCCUUGGAAUUAAAAUAAAUAAAGAAGUUUGGUGUUCUUACACGAUCUGCUGCCUGAGGUGGCCACUUCUCUCUCCCUAGUGGUAGGGCAAUCACACUAUGGUGCUCAGUUAAAAAGAGUGCUGGAGUUCUGUUCCCUCAUGUUCCUCCUCUGCUAGAUCCCUGUCAACAACCUCUUUGCUGCAGCCAAAAUCUGCACAGAUUUAUGCAGGUCCCGUGAAUGUUCAACAGAAUAUCAACUGUAAUGGGAAUCUAUAAACAUCUGCUGUUUUAGCUCUCAUGUGGGAGACAAGCGGGAUAUAAAUUAAUUAAAUCUGUCUCACAGGAUGGAGAUGGUUACAGAGCAAAUUUGCACAUUCAAAAAGUGUUAUGUAAAUGAUGUUUUUAACGGCUGACUGAUUUAAAGAUGUUUCAAUAUUUCUACCCCAAAUGGCUCACUGUGUUGAUGAUUGGCAUCAGAUACCAUAUGAUCAGUUCUGAAAACAGUCCAUAUGGCAAAAUUGGGAAACUAAAGAUUUAUUUAUUUAUUUUAUGCACUGCUGUGUCUGUUCAUCUGCCAAGGUACCUAAUGCAAUUUAUUGUUUUAAUAUGUUAAAACAUUGCACAUACCCCCGAUACAGUUUUCUGAGGCUAAUGGAAAGUCUUCUUGGGAGUUGAUGGCUCAAAUUUCCUGUUCUUCUCCCCUGUUGAAAAUUGGGGAGACUAAGCUCACUGAAAGGAUUUGCAAAAACAGCUGACUGCACACUUCCAGUUGCUUCUUUCAUUCUGUGAGGGGAGGCUGAAUGAAGAUGGGUUUUGUUGGUCUUCACGAAAUCCAAAGCCUCUUUUGUGGUGGCAGCCCUCCUCCCAUUUUAGUCUCCCUCUUGCCCAUUAUUUGACAGCAUGGACCUGUCCUUCCACCUAUUUUUCAUCCUGACAAGUGAAUGGCAGCUCUCUCCCUGAAGCCUCUCUUCAUCAAUUAUGAAUUCAGUUGCCAUCGAGACUGAAGGAUUAAGGCAGCUGGAAGCUCCCGUUUUGCAGCCUGCCACGCAAGACACCUGUACAGAGCUGGCACUCUACAAGGUUUGUACUGAUGCCAGUUCUGCGGUGCCCCGGCAUGCAGUCCUAGCAGGUCCGAUGCCAAGGUACUCUCUUCUUUUUUUCCUUGAAGGUUAAUUAACCUAGAAUAAGUACCACUCCUCUGGUUCUAUAAUCUCAAUAGUUAUACACCGAACAAGACUGGUUAUAUUCCUUCACACUUACUCCACCCUUUUAUUAUCUAAGUCAACACAGCAAGACUUAACUGCUCCCCUUCUCUUUGAAUAUAACCUCGGUAAUAGGGAUUUUUAAAUGAUCUCAGUGAUUUGAAUAAAGAAAUUAAUUGUGGGCAUUAUUCUAGAUUAUGUUUAUCCAUCUCUGUUUGAUUUGGAGUGAAAUACAAUGGCGUACAUAAUGGAACAUAUUUUUAAUUGCUCUCUUAAGCAUGAGCAUGCUAUAAGAGUGCAUGAUAGAGCGGGGGAGUGAAUCUCUUUUUUGCUAUCUUGAUUAUGACCACAAAGGAUUGGAUAAAAUGCAUUAAGCGUUAAUCCUGGGCCAUUGUCAUCGUAAGUUGGAGCACUUACUCCCUGUGGCAGGGCUGCAGGAAUCUGGCUGUGUUUUCUUUUUUAAAAGUAUAUUAUUCAAGCAGGCACUUGAAUUGACUUGAAUUGAUUGUAGUUUAUUUGGACGUUGUUGGUGUGGUGUGACCGCAUUACCACUGGUAUCAGUGUUUUUCAUUGCUGACUUAUUAUUUGUUGUGUUCAUUGUCUCAGAUUUCUGUCAAUAAAGGGAACCGAGAUAAAAGUGUAGUAAUGAAACUAAUUUCAAGAUGUAUACACAUCAUUUGGCUACUUCUUUUUGUAUCCCAGCACAUUGUUCUCUUUAUGCACAUCAACUUCUUCCAUUUUAUAGCAUGCAGUGUAUUUUUUUUUUUUACUGAAGAACACUGUUCGUUUUUCUCAUCAAAGCUCAUUGUCCUUAGUGCUCAAACAGUCUCAUUUUAGACAGAGGGAACUCAGGCUCCAUGCUCAAAGUAAAUUAUAAGAUUAUACAGAUUAUAAAUCAACAGUGAGCUAUGCAAGACAUGAAAGUUCUGUUUCUUUUAUAUAUUGGUUUGCCAACUUUUGCUCCAGGCAAAGUCUUUUGCUUUUUACAGCUUAUCCAGUUUGCUGUUGCAGACAGUUAGCAAACUGAUAUUUUCUUGGCAGGGAAAUAGAGUGAUGGGCAAUGCUUCACCUGUUACACUUUUGCAGAUUAAAAGCACAGGAGGCUAGGCAGGGAAAGGAUGAGUUCUGUUUCUGUUGGUAAAAUGUUGGUUCUUCUGGAUUGCAAAGUUAUUUUUAAAGGAAUAGCUCAUAGCAGUUAUUUAAUAUACCAUGUAGAAUUGAUUACAGCAAGAUAGGUUUGCCUUUUAGGAAGUAUUAGCCAAAUUCAUGGAGGAGAGGACUCUACUAGGCACAGUAAAUAACUGAAUAGAAUUUACAUAUGUUGAAGCAAUGUCUGUACAAGUACACAUAUUACGUUGGGGGUAUAAUAACUGUAUAAUCCUCAGUCCUGCUUGGGAUUAGAACAACUGUGAUCCAGGCCCCCAUUUUCUGCCCAUAGGUUUUACGGGGAUCAUAAAAACUCUCACACAAAAACACACGCAGAAAGUCUGGACAUCUACAUCUGGUUUUGAAAAACAGGUGUUUGAGUUGUUUUUUAAAUGUUACGUGAGCAAAAAGUGCCACUGCAGUUUAUUUUCAAAGGUGAAAUGCUGUUCCUGAAGGCUUCCAAGAGGAGACAGACACCCUAUUUGAAGGGUAGUUCAGGGUGUCUGGAGAUGCUGAAGACUACAAAAGCAGCCUUGGGACUGUUUUUACCCACCCUAACCUAGAAGCAUCUGCCUGACAGUCUGCUGCAAACAGAACACUGGGGAAACAUAGAGUGUGGUUAACAAUUUAAGACUAACAUCAUAUAAUUCAUUGUAUUGUUCAUCAUGAUUGUAUGACUGGUUCACAAGAUGCUUUCAUUACCUAGCCCUAAGUGUACAAAUUAGGGAUAGUCUUCCAGCUCAUUAUGAAUUUCUAGUGUGACACUUAUAUCUGAGCUAGUUGCUCACCUCUGGCAAACAGUCAAAACAUGACAGAUGGACCUAGCCAGCUGCCAGAGAGCUGGACAGCCAGAAAGUAAUGGGACAUAUAUUACACUUUCCUUCCUACGUGGAGAUAAUAUUUGUAUAUUGAUCAGGAUAUAGAAGAAAUGUCUCUGCAGCAGCAGCAGCAGCUUGUUCCAUGUUGUUCCAGACUGAAUAAAUAAGUGUGUGAUAAUGUGUAUAAAACAAUUUAUGUACUUUUUAGGAAAGACGGAAAGUAAUUGGUUUGAUGGAAGGGCAGCACUACUGUAGUGCAGGUUCUCUUUCAAACAUUAUUUAAAGGUAUAAGGUAAUUGCUUACUGAUGAAGCACUUUAAACAACAAGGUAACAGAUUCAAUCUCUUAGCAUCUUCAGGAAGGACUAACAUCCUAUCAGCAACUCUGAAAACCUGAUAACAGUUGUCAGAAAAUAUUACAUGUGGAUAGGCAUCUUGUAUUUUUCUUAGAUGUGUAGCCCAUUUUUCUUCCAUCACGGAAUUAAUUACCAAGAGUAUACCAUAUUUAUCAACAUGAUACAGGAAAAAGCCCAUGAGCUGGAUGAGGAGGGAUCACUGCCAACAUGAGCUGGAUUCUAAGAAAGAAGCAAAAUAUUCUCCAUCUAUAAGGUAUAUUUUAAGAAGUACUGUAUAUCUGAGAGGCAGCAAGGUCUUUGUGAAGUUACCAAAGGGGGUGAGGAAGAAAGUUGAUAGAUAGCCCACAGCAGGUGAUCUAUUUAUCCAGCCCACAGCAUUGGACCACUUGAACCAUGGCUGUUGCACAAAUUAGAUUAAGGAGUUUGUCACACAGGGGCAAACUGCAAAAAUCAUGUGCAGAAACAGGAUUCAAAAACCAGGAAAAACCUGCAAAAGUGGGUAGUUUUUCACACCUGACAGGGUUAAUGUGACAUUAACCCAAACAGGGAGUAGACAAAACCCACCCCUUUUACUUUUGGGAGUUUACGUUCGGGUUAAUGUCGCGUUAAUUCUCAUUAACACUAACGUCUGAAAAACAACCUGCUUUUUAGGUUUUUUUUCUACUUUCUGAUUGGGUUAAUCCCAAACGUUUGAAAAACUACCCGCUUUUACGGGGUUUUCCCAGUUUAAAUCCAGUUUCUGCACAAGAUCCAUCCCAUGUG